AUGGCUUUCGCCACUGGGAAACUAAGCGCCAACAAUGUCAUAGACUCAAAUACAGACGACACGAGCGCAUACAUUAUGUCUACCCACGCUAUCCUCGGCGCAAAUGGAGGUACGGGCUCGGCGAUUCUGAGAUACCUGCUGUCCUCGCAGAUACCCGACCUUCAUAUCAACAUACUGGUACGCUCAAAAGCCAAGCUUCUCGAAGCUUUCCCACGACUUGAGUCCACCUCGUCGGCCACCAUCACCAUCUUCCAUGCCCCAAUUCCGGACGAAAGUGCCCUCCAAGCCUGUCUCAAAGGCGCCUCAACUAUAGAUGCCUGCGUCGCUACCAACCACGCCAGUCGCAAGGUCGACAUUCCUUUUACGACGGCAGCACGUGUUACCGCAGCUCUCGGCCAACUCCGCCGAGACGAGGGAUCCGAGUACAAGACACCAACCGUCGUGUUGAUUCGAUCCUUGUCUCUGAAUUCAGACGUCAAGAUCAGCGUCCCCGGUUUCAUGAAGAGUUUCUUCAUCUGGGCGAUCUGGUUCGUCUACGAGGAUCUUAUAAAGGCCUGUGGGCUCUACGCCGGAGCCGAGAAGGAUGGACUGCUCACGCCCAUCACCGCGGACCCGCCUAUGCUGAUGGAUCCUGAGGGGACCAAGGCCACUGGGUAUGAGAUUAUGCUCAGUGGCAAGGCGUCGUCCACGUUGAGCUAUGCCGACUUUGGCGUGGCCAUGGUAGAACUCGGACAGCGCCGCGAAGAGUUCGGAGGCAAGAUUGUCGGCAUUAGUGCAACCGGCCCAGUUCGGAUCACUGUCUGGCCCAGCCUCGUAACCGUCUUCAUGGGCUUGAAAAUCCGGCUGUUUCCAUUUUAA